AUGGAGCCCGCUGCCCGCCAGCCGCGCCCCCCGGCCCCGGCCCUCUCGCUCCUGGCGCGGGUGUCCGAGGUCGCGCCCGGGCUUCGCUGGAAGCUGGAGAAGUACUUCCAGAGCCGCGAGUCCGGUGGCGGGGAGUGCACGGUCCAGCCCUGCGGCCGCGGAGAGCGGGGCGCCUUCCUGGUGCACUUCGCGGAAAGGGCGGCCAAGGAGCGCGUGUUGAAAAACAAAGAGCACCAAAUUCCUAUUAAUGACAAACUAGCAACCAUUUCCCUGGAACCUAUUGAGAAUUCAACGGAGAAGAAUUCGGGAUCCAGCAUUUCUUCAUUGCCCCAGGCAGCACAAGGGGCCCAGGCUGAUGCAAAGGGUUCAGACCAAGGGCCUGUUCCUAAUGCUGUGGACCCUGGUGUCCCCAAGGUUGUCAGGAACCUCUCCAGUGAGGUGGCAUCUGAACAGAGACUUGAAGAAAGAAAGGGAGCUGACUGGAUCUUCCUCACUGUAACGGCUGACCUGAACUGUGACCUGUUCUCCAAAGAGCAGAGGUCACAGGUGACCACGGUCUGCCCCGGUAUUAGAAAGAUGGAGGGUCCCAAUGGAAUCGAGAAGGUGUGUGGUAACUUCGAAGAUAUUAAAAAAAUACACCGAUUCUUCAGUAUGCAGCUCUUGGAAGGUGAUCAGAAACAGGAAGCGUCUCCAUCCACCACGGAGAGGAGGCCCUCUGACCAGCAUGACUGGAACGGCAGAUUGUCUCCUCCUGAACCUGAAAUCAGGUCACAGGAAAAAAGCAGCCCUUUCCAAGUUCCUUUAUCUUUCUUUGAAUACUUCAAAUAUACCUGUCCUGAUAAAAUAGAUUCAAUUGAGAAGAGAUUUGGUGUAACCAUCAAAGUUCAAGACAGUUCUCCCAAUAUGGUCCUUUUAGACUUCGUCUGCAGUCAAUCAGGUGACCUAGAAGCAGCUCGAGAGUCUUUUGUCAGUGAGUUUCAGAAGCAAACAGAAUCUCUGAAGCAAGAAUGUGUCCCUUUAGCUGACAGGAAGCAAGCGAAUGAAAUCAAACACAAACUGAGCCACUGUUUUCCGAAGCUCCUCAUCAAGGAGCACAGAGAAGGGCUAACUCUCCUCGGAACCCCAGAUGACAUCACAGCUGCCGGACAAAAAUUAUCAGAAGGUUUUGUCAAGCCACAUGUGACAAUCUUGGCUCCCAAAGCCAUGAUGAAUGUAGUUGAGUUUGACACUGCUUAUUAUAAGAUCCUCGAAGCUGAGUUACUCCAGGAGAUAGCAGACAUAGAGCAAAAGUAUAACACUAACAGUAAAGUUUGGGAGAAAAACGAGAAAACCUGCGUUCAGUUUGAUCCUAAGGACAAGGAUGUAGAUCUGUCUGUGCACGCUUACACAAGCUUCAUUGAUGCCCUGCAGCAUGCCUCAGGUCUGCUGGUGAGCGAAGUCCUACCAACAAAAUUGGCCAAGGGGAAAAAACACUGGGAUGGGACUAAGUUCGCCAGCAACUUUAGAAGAAAGUAUCCAGGUGUACAUCUUGCACUGGAUCAAGAGUCGAUGACUUUGACCGGUUUACCAAAUUGCCUCGAACAGGCCAAGCAGUUUGUCUUACAUAAAGCAGGACUGUUGCCAUCAGCUGGGGAGAAACCAAAUGAUAAUCGUGAAACCCUCACAGACCUUGAUAGCAAUGCCUCCAAAGCAGCUUUACCUCUCCUCCAGGACUCUGCAAGUUCUGUGAGCUCAGAAAUGAAUAAGGAAGCAGAGAAGUGUAGCAUCUGCCUGGAUGCCAUUAGUGACAAAUACGUGCUCCCAAAGUGCAAGCAUGAAUUCUGCACCCCUUGUAUCAAGAAAUCCAUGUCAUAUAAUCCAUUCUGUCCUGUGUGUAAGACUCUCUACGGUAUCCAGACGGGGAAUCAGCCCAAAGGAACCAUGACUUGGACCCGGAGAACACAGUCACUCCCAGGCUAUAGCUCGGAUGGCACCAUUGUGAUUCACUAUAGCAUGGAGGGAGGCAUACAAACAGAAGAGCAUCCGAACCCAGGGAAGAGGUAUUCUGGAACAUCACGAACAGCAUACUUACCUGAUAACAAGGAAGGGAAUGAGGUCUUGGAACUGCUUCGGGAAGCCUUUAACCACAGGCUGAUUUUCACUGUGGGAUACUCUCGAACGCUAGGUGUCUCGGAUGUCAUUACAUGGAAUGACAUCCACCACAAAACAUCCCGCACUGGAGGACCAUCAAGUUUUGGCUAUCCUGAUCCUGACUACCUGAACCGUGUGAAAGAAGAGCUCAAAGCGAAAGGAAUUGAAAAAAAAAAAGCGUUAGAAGGACGUCUUAACCAAGCUUCUUAAAGAUAUGUUUGAGGAGUUGGUGCCAAUCAAAAUCUUUGUCUAGCAAUGCCUUUUUAAAACUUAACCUCAAGAAAUGGUUUAUAUAAGAAUGCAGAUCUGCUUGUCUGUCAUUUCUGGAGUGCUGCCUUUUAAAUGGAAGACAGAAGCCCCAAGAACUGUAUUAAGUGUAUCCUAGUCUCAUUCAUGGCUGGGGGUCUGGGUGGGUCUCACAUAAUCUUCUAGGUAUUUUAGCUCUGUCUUUCAGCUAUUGAUGGACAGCUGUCGCAUCUUCUCUGCUCUGCGGUGCUGGGGAUCUAACCCGGAGCCCCUGAGCUACCCUGUAGCCCUCUGAUCCUCUUUCCAAAGUCAUCUCUCAGUGAACCUGCAGUUUUUUAUUUGUUUCCCCUUUAAGUGCUAUCUGUUGGCAAGAAGUUUGGUUAUGGAAAAUUAUAGACCCACAUUCCGCUCCUUCCCCCUGACAAGAAAAGUGGGCAGGAGCAGAGAUCAGGCAAUCCUUGGGAAUAAAUGGAGUAAGACUGUGCUUUUUAAUAUGAAACCUGGUGUAUAGUUAGUGCUUAACACAUUUUCAUUGCCCAGCUCACAUUGCCAGUAGUUCAGGAGAGGGAUAUAGGUUUCCUAAAUCUUUGGCACAAGCAAGAACUACUCCUGCAGUCUCCCCACUCAUUGGGAAACUGAGUUUCUUAUUCUGGAGCUGUUGGUGACUGAACUGCAAUCAGGUUCCUAACUUGGCCUUGCUCCUCCCCCAUCUUCGGAACCAGCCCUGUGGGGUGCAGGUGCCCUGCCAUAGAAAUGCUACAUGUGUCUCAGAAUUUUUCCUCUCCAUUUUGUUAUAAUGUUGAGUAUACUCUGCUUCCAGCUUUAACAGGAAAAUAACUGUGAUUUCCAUUGUCUAAUAUUAUAAAGUUACUAUCGCCUGCAAUGGAGUGGUAUUUUAAAUCCCUUUACUGAAUCCCACCAAUUCAAGUUUUCUCUCUGGAUUUUUACUACGAAUGUAUGACACACUCAAUUGUGCUUUUUUUUUUUAUUUUUUUGAUGCCGGGAUUCAAACUCACAACCUGGGUUUGUCAAGCAGGCACUUAGCCACUGAGCUAAACCCUCAAUUUUACUUUUAAGUGGUUUUUCAAAUCAGAAAAUAAUUAUAAUAGCAAAUUACCCACUUCUCUCCCCCAAAAUGGAAAUCUAUAUCUUGUUUUUUUUCCUAAAGAUGCAUAUACACACAUGUAAAAUGUUUUUGACCCCAAAAUAAUGACUAAUAUUUAUGAAGUAUAUGAUUUGUCCCCUUUAUAAAAGCUGUACAUCUGUGUGAUUGAUACAAUUCCUAUGGCAUGUUUUAUAAACAAGGAAACUGGUGCACCCUGAGUAAAUCACGGUCGCGUGGUUUAUAAGCGGAAGGGCUGGCAUUUGAACCAGGUGCACUGCCCUGGGCUUCUGCACCCCGGGGCAGUGUUCCCUUCCAUGGAGGUGCUUCUUCCAGCAGCCAGCUGGGAAUUCCUUUUGUGCUGGACUGGGCUUCUCCCAGAAGUGGAGGUCUGCAGAGUGCUCAAAGCAGAGUUCCUCUGGGAAAGUCCUAUUCACAUAACUUCAAAACUCGGAAUCCUUUCUGAAGGAAGCCAGCCACUGCCAUUGCUAGCUGAACAGAGACACGUUAACUGCCUGUGCUUGCCUACCUGCUGUAAAUAAUGCAUAAUCAUGAGCAGACUAGGCCCCGUGAACAAAGCUGCAGUCUCUAAUUUCCGGUCAUUGCUCAGCCAGUUCUUCCCAGACAAACCUCAGCGCCCGGUAUGCUGCCAAGCCGUGUCCAGGCAGAUAGCCACAGCUGUUUGUACCCCGUUCUGCCCCUCAAAAGUCCCAGGAUGACUUCUUCCUUCCACAGCCCCACUUUUUAAUGCUCAUGAGCAUGUAAAUGCCUCAUAGCCUGCAGGAGAGUUGCUAGGCUGCUCUCUAAGGUCAGAGUGAUCCCUCUCAGGUUUGUUCUGAAAUAACACUGCCCUGUGAGCUCCCACCUCCAGUUCUUGUCUAGAGAGUUAAGGAAACUUGAGCUAAAUGUUGUAUCUUUUUUUAAAAUCAGAGUGAAUAUUUAGUGUUUUCUGUUUGCUUGUUCCUUUAUUGAAAUUGCAUCUCACUAUGUUGUCCAAGCGGGCCUCAAAUUCACCAUGUUCCUGCUUCGGCCUCCUCUGAUCCUCCUGCCUCUUGAGUAGCUGGGCUUACAGGGUACUGUGCUUGGUCUAUAUUUUUAGCUAGUUGUGAUUCAUUAAUUUUAUCAUUAUAAGGAGCGGCUUUGCUGGGACCGUGUGGCUCUUGAGGUUCCCAGGCUGAAGGACAAAGCUGGAUCAGAUGGAGCCCUUAAUUUCCCCAGUGGGAGGAAAGGAACUGGCCUUUGUGGGUGAGCCAGGAAGAGAGCCAGUCAGCGUCUCCCGAGAUCCAGCCAUGUUGGAACUUGGGCAUAUAAGCAAAAAAGCAACAUGCCCCCCUUCCUGGUAAGCAGCCUGGGUUGAGUGAGCAGCCGGUGAGCCUGGAGGAGAACCAGUCAGCAUCUCCCCUGAGCCUACUGGUGCUCAGGCUGAGAAUCAAACCCCCAUUGCUCUUACUCUCCUCCCCACCUUAGCAACUGGGAGCCAGAGAUCUCUGAGCAUCCCUUGGCUGGAUGACCAUAUGCAAUACAGCAAAUAGGGGGCAUUUCCUUCUACCAUCUCUUUGAAAGCAAAUAUUGUUAUCACUGUUUUGCUUUGUACUGAUUAAUUGUUUUUCUCUAUUUAGUGUUCUAGGUUUUAUAAUGCUCUGUUUUGGUUUGAUUUUGCUAUACCUGAUUGACUGUUGAACUGUUGUGAAGAUAACGAGAUACACUAUGGUUCCUAUUACUGUUAUCCUGGUAUCCUGCUGUGAAGUUCUGUACCAGUUUCAAUGCAUUGUCGCUGUUAGCUUUGUUCUAUUGUAUUUUACUACCUUCAAAAUAAAAUUCUAAAAAAAAGGAA